CUUCUUCUAAGUUCUACUUCCUCUCUCUGCCAUCUGACCUGUGGUUUUUUUUUUUGCAUAUAUACAAAACAAGUCAUUUUUCUCUGAUUCUCAAAUCUCAAGAGCUGCUUUGCGAAGUGAUAUCCAGCAUUCCCAGCAAAAGAUAGCACAAAACUCUGUCACGGCGAUGGCUAAUUGGUGGGACAAUGUUAACGAGUCAACUCAGUGGCAAAAUGGGAUCUUCUUCUUUCUUUGUGGAGCUUAUGCUCUUGUUUCCGCCUUCGCUCUUGUCCAAUUGGUGAGGAUUCAAAUGAGAUCGCGUGAUUAUGGUUGGACCACUCAGAAGGCGUUUCAUCUUAUAAACUUUCUCGUCCAUGGAGUUCGUGCGGUUCUAUUUGGAUUUCACCAUCAAGUCUUUCUCAUGCAUCUCAAGGUUUUUUGCUGGAUAUUACUGGAUCUUCCGGGCCUCCUCUUUUUCUCGGCGUACACACUGCUCCUUCUCUUCUGGGCACAGAUAUAUCACGAGUCAAGAAGCUUACCAACGGAUAAGCUGCGGAAAACAUUUAUUGCAGCCAAUGUGGCUGUAUAUUUGGCUCAGGUUGUUAUCUGGGUAUGCAUCUGGGUGAAUGAUAAAAGCACUGUGGAUUUAGUUGGAAAUAUAUUUAUGGCAGUUGUGUCUUUCAUCGUUGCGUUAGGCUUCUUGCACCACGGAGGAAGAUUGUUUGUUAUGCUAAAAAGGUUCCCUAUUGAGUCAAAAUCGAGAAGUAAGAAGCUCUAUGAGGUUGGAUCUGUGACAGCCAUAUGCUUCACCUGCUUCCUCAUAAGAUGCAUUGUGGUGGGUGUAUCAGCUUUUGACAGGGAUCUAAGGCUGGAUGUUCUUAAUCGUCCAGUUCAGAAUUUAUUCUACUAUAUGGUGGUUGAGAUAAUUCCAUCGGCACUAGUCCUCUUUAUUCUGCGUACGUAAGCUACCUCCAAAGAGAGCACCAGUUCAAUACCAUCCGGUCCAGUAGAAAAAUCUGUGGAAACUGCGUGAGUUUAUUACUGGAAGACGCGUUCAUAUAUGACUUUUGGUUUGUAAAAUUAUUGUUAUAUUUGUCGUAGAAGUUACAUGUUCUUUUGCUACUUCGGAUGUCUCUUAUAGUUUUAUGAUUUGCUGGUGCGGAUGUUUAAUAUAUUGUUUAUGUUCUGUCUCGGUUCAACUUUGAAAAUAAUACAAAUUGUUGUCUUUAA